UCGAAAAGCAGAGUCUCCGCCGCAUUUCAUCACCAUGAACAUACUCCGACGAAUCCCGGCGAAUCUGUUCACAAGCAGAUAUUACUACACAAACAGAGUAAAAAGGACGACCCUUUACUCCAAAAUCAGUCCUUUAGGAAACCCUAAAUCAAGCGUCUACCCAGAACUCCAGAACUGGGUCCACUCCGGCAACAAAGUCUCCGUCGCUGAGCUCAUCCGCAUCGUCCACGACCUCCGCAGACGCAAACGCUUCCUCCACGCCCUCGAGGUUUCGAAAUGGAUGAACGACACCGGCGUAUGCAUCUUCUCCCCGUCGGAACACGCCGUCCACCUCGAUCUCGUAGGCAGAGUCCACGGCUUCGUCUCCGCGGAAGCCUACUUCGAAAGCCUCAAGGAACAGCACAAGAACGACAAGACUCACGGAGCGCUUCUCAACUGCUACGUCAGGCAGCUGGACGUCGAGAAGUCUCUGUCGCAUUUCGAGAAGAUGAAGCAGUUGGGUUACGCUUCUUCGCCUCUUACUUACAACAACAUCAUGUGUCUCUACACUAACAUAGGUCAGCACGACAAGGUUCCUCGUGUGUUGGAUGAGAUGAAGGAGGAGAAUGUCGCUCCUGAUAAUUAUAGUUUUAGGAUUUGUAUUAAUGCUUUUGGUGUUAUGAAUGAUCUUGAGAGGAUUGGUGAGAUCUUGAGUGAUAUGGAGACAGUGGAUUGGAACACUUAUGCUGUUGCUGCCAAGUUUUAUAUCGACGGUGGGGACCGUGAUAAGGCCGUUGAGCUUCUGAGAAUGUCUGAAAGUAGGUUGGAGAGUAAAGAUGGGGAAGGUUACAGUCAUCUUAUAACGCUUUAUGCGAGGUUAGGUGACAAGGGAGAGGUGUUGAGGCUAUGGGAGUUGGAGAAGGACGCUUGUAAGAGACGGAUCAAUCAGGACUAUCUAACGGUGUUACAGUCGCUUGUGAAGAUUGAUGCUUUGAAAGAAGCUGAGGAAGUGGUUAAAGAAUGGGAAUCAUCGUCAGGGAACUGUUACGAUUUUCGAGUUCCUAGUGCGGUGAUUCGUGGGUACGCUGGGAGAGGUAUGGAGGAGAAAGCAGAAGCGAUGCUUGAAGAUUUGGGGAAGAGAGGGAAAGGUACUACGCCUGAUUCUUGGGGGCUUGUGGCUGCUGCUUAUGUUGAAAAAGGUGUUUUGGAUAAUGCUUACAAGUGUUUGAAAACGGCUUUAGAUGUGGAAGCGGGGAAGAGGAAAUGGAGACCUUGGGUGAAGGUGGUGACAAACGUUUUGAGUUGGCUUGGGAAUGAAGGGAGCUUGAGGGAAGUAGAAAGCUUUGUUGCGUCUCUUAGGAGUUGUAUGGGUGUGAACAGAGAGAUGUAUCAUGCUCUUGUCAAGGCUGAUAUAAGAGAAGGCGGAAGCAACGUUGACACCUUGUUGCAGCGUAUGAAAGAGGACAAGAUUGAAACCGAUGAAGAAACAAUGGCUAUUCUCAGCACAAGAAGUCACUGCUGAGAUUUUCUUAUUCUUCUUACUAUGCGUUUUGACUUUUGAAGAUGAGUUUUGCUUCAACGACCUAAUAGUUGAUACCA